AUGUCCCAGGCAGGUGAUAAACCUCAAACAGAUACAACCAUUAAACGUGGCAAAAUGUUGUCGUUGCCGCUGUUGAUUGAAUCAAGCAAUUUUCUACCAUCAUACGAGGCAAUUUCCUUUGCCGUUAAAAGUAUUGCGACAAAACUUAAUUGGACACAAGUUGACAUCUAUGUUGGUGAUGAAAAUUGGGCACUACCAAUGGCCAUUGCCGCCAACAUGCAUAUCCCAUAUAAAAUUGAAAUCGGAGAAGAUGAUAUACGUGACCUGCAUGUCGAAGAUCACUUUGGCAAAGCAAUUAUCAUUACGGCGCCAAUGAACGAUGACAGCACACUAAGACUGUUAAGCCAAUUGGAGUCCUUAUCUCACACCAAGGUGCUGCUCAUUGACAUUGUGGCGACAUCAUUUAAUGCCGAGAAUCGUUUCUACAAAUAUCUGACACGUAUUAAUCCGGAAUCGGCUCUAAUGUCCAAUCUGCUACUGUUAACGGUGCUGAGUGACAACUAUCGGCAUUUCCUUAAUGUGGCAUUCGAUGACAAUGGCAUUAACUUGGUGCAGAAUUUUCGCCAAAAUCGCAAACGUAAGGAGCUACAGAACAACCAGCCGGCAGCCCAGUCCGAGGAGGCAAAUAGCGAUUGGCCUAUUCAUUUGGACAAAUCGGUAACAAAGGUUUUGCAAUUAAGGGAGAACGAUUUCAAUGACACGACAAGUGAAAUGGAAGGCAAACCCCCAUCAUCAUCAGCAGAUGACCAUAAAACAUCUGCAAAUGUCAGUCAUCAACAUCAGCGUCACAUUGAGGACAACAAAUUACAGCUGUUAUACGAAUGGCUAUCACCUUGUCCGUACAUAAAUAAAUCCCAUCAGGAUUUAAAUGAAAUUUGCCAAAACUAUCAACAAUGCCUUGACACAGUGGGCGCGAACAAUGAAAGCCUCCGCAAUGUCAUUGCGGAAUUAUGCCAUAAACAUUUCAGGGAAUUUGAUGAACAGCGUUUAAUAGAGAAACUUCGUAGUUUUAUAGAUUUUUUCAACUUUUACGAUUUUCUAAUUGCCAACAUCGUGCCAACGCCAGCAAUCCCAUCAAAAGAGGAGGCAAGUGACACGGCAAAAAGUUUUUCUAAACCCUUAAUUAACGAAUCGGAACAUGUGCCAAAAUACGACUUCAUUGUACUCGAUGUGGUGCGAAAGGGGGCGGCCUUAACAAGUCCUAUAUCCGUUGUGUCAAAAGCCACAGGCAGCAACGGAAGUCAAAAAAGUUUUAAUGCCACCAACACACCCAAAACCGACACCAACACCACCAUCGCAACCUCCGCCACCAUGAACACCAGCAACAAUGACAGGAAGCAUUUGAAAAGUUUAUCAUCGGCUGGCAUCGGCGGUGUCAAUGCAACAAUGCCUACAGAAAGAUCUGCAGCCGCCUUUAAAUGGCGACCCCUACUGAUACUGGAACAACACGAAAUCCACUUGAAGACAUACAUCACCCACUCAAUACGGCCCGGCUACGAUGAUUGGCUUCUGGUUAGCACAGGUCAACUUUGGCAAUGUGGUUCGUUUUGUUGGACGAUUAUUGCCAUUUCAGCCUCUCUAUUGAUGGCAAUAAUCGUGGCUAGUGUGGCUGCUGGUAUUGCCAUGAGGAACUAUUUGCUUCGCAAACGAUUAUCCAAAGGUCCCAAUAAAAUUGUCUUGUCUUCAAAUGAUUUCGUUUUCCCAGUGGACUCAAGAAGAGUUGAUGAAGGUAUUGAGGCCAUGCUCUGCUGUUGGCUUCAGCAGCUACAGGAAUUUGGUGGUCCUGAAGUCGAUAAGCCUGACUUGUUAAAAGGUUCCAUUGGUUCAUUGAAAAAUCUAGGCUUUCUUAUACCCGGAGCAUCAGGGCCAACACAAAUCAAUGGUUUAAAUGGCAAAACUAGUUCGGGCUCAGCCAGUUUGGCCCGCCACAAUCCAGCCUUAUUGGAUAUGAGAGCACGCUACAAUGGUGAUUUAGUACAACUCAAAGAAAUUCCACUCAACGGUUCAACCGAAUUAAAAUCCAAGGCCAUGGACCUAUUGGUUAUGGCCCAUGGUCUGCGCCAUGAAAAUAUAAAUCCCCUUAUUGGUUGGUUAUCCGAUCCUAAUCGCACGGCCAUGGUGUUCGAUUAUUGUUCACGGGGCUCUCUGCAAGAUGUCCUCAUUAUGGACGAAAUCAAAUUGGAUUGGUCUUUUCGUUUGAGUUUGCUUACCGAUUUGGUGCGUGGCAUGCGUUAUUUGCACACCUCACCGUUACGUGUUCACGGCACAUUAACAUCACGCAAUUGUGUGGUCGAUGCACGUUGGGUACUCAAAAUAACCGAUUAUGGUUUGCCUCAAUUCUAUGAGGCUCAGGGCUUGCAACAGACACCAAGGACGGCCAAAGAGAUGCUGUGGUGUGCACCCGAACUAUUGAGGGCCGUAAAACCACAUUCACACCACAAUCAUCAUCAUUCACGUAUGGUGUACACGCAAGCAGGUGAUGUCUAUUCAUUUGGUAUUAUCAUGCAAGAGGUUGUGGUGAGGGGUGAACCCUAUUGUAUGCUGUCAUUGUCGGCGGAGGAGAUAAUAGCGAAAAUUAAAAAGCCGCCACCGCUAAUACGGCCAUCGGUAUCGAAGGGUGCUGCACCACCAGAAGCAAUAAAUAUAAUGCGUCAGUGUUGGGCUGAACAGCCGGAAAUGCGUCCAGAUUUUAAUUCAGUUUAUGAACGUUUCAAGUUAUUAAAUCAUGGAAGGAAAGUAAAUUUCGUCGAUACAAUGUUUCAAAUGCUCGAAAAAUAUUCCAACAAUUUGGAAGAGCUGAUACGUGAGCGUACCGAUCAAUUGGAUAUGGAACGUAAAAAGACUGAGCAACUCCUAAAUCGAAUGUUGCCAAGUUCUGUGGCUGAAAAAUUAAAAAUGGGCUUGGCCGUUGAACCAGAAGAAUUUUCCGAUGUGACAAUUUAUUUCAGUGAUAUCGUUGGUUUUACAACGAUAGCUGCCCACUGUACCCCGGUGCAAGUAGUCGAUCUGCUAAAUGAUCUUUAUACGAUUUUUGAUGCCACCAUAAAUGCGUAUAAUGUUUACAAGGUCGAAACAAUCGGCGAUGCUUAUAUGGUUGUGAGUGGCCUUCCUGUGCGGAUACCAGAUCAUGCCGAGCAAAUUGCUACCAUGGCCCUAGAUCUAUUACAUCAAAGUGGUCGCUUCAAUGUUAAACAUUUACCAGGAGUACCUUUGCAGCUGAGAAUUGGAUUGCAUACAGGGCCCUGUUGUGCUGGUGUAGUUGGUCUAACCAUGCCACGAUAUUGUCUGUUCGGUGAUACAGUUAAUACAGCUUCACGUAUGGAAUCGACAGGUUCCUCCUGGCGCAUACACAUGUCACAAGAAACCCGCAAUCGUUUGGAAGCCCGUGGCGGUUACAUGAUAGAACCCCGGGGACUAAUUGAAAUCAAAGGCAAAGGAAUGAUGAAUACAUUUUGGUUGUUAGGCAAAAAGGGGUUUGAUAAACCCCUGCCAAAUCCCCCACCGAUCGGAGAAUCACAUGGUUUGGAUGAAUCAUUGAUACGCAACUCCAUUACCCUGAAAGCUCAGGCAAAUAAAUCACGCAAUAGUACAAAUCCCUCGUCCAGCCAAUCAUCAUCCCUUGCGGGAGAAUCCGUCGAAGUGAAAGUAGAAAUAACACCACCCACAAAUGUGGAAGUUUCAUCGCCCAACCUACCCAAUUCAUAUUCGCUGGAUUCAAAUUCGACCACAACCAUAAGUCCCAACAUGACAUUGUGUCCGGAAUUCCCCAUUAAGACGCCCACAACAUCACCACAACCAAGAAAAAUAACCGAUUUGGCAACAGAUAAUCUCCUGAAUCCGAACAAUUUUAAUCGUUUGCCAUCCUCGACGGCUGGAUCUUCGUCCAGGUUAUAUAAGAAAUUGGAAGAAAUGAUGGAUCUUAGUUCACCUUACAAUCACUAUAAAUGCCUCAGUCCAAGUGAAAGUAACCUCACCCAAUUUUAUGAUGGCAAAUAUCUGUACAGUGGUGGUGUUGGUCCAGCCGCCAACACACAAAGCAAUAGCGGCAAUUUACCAAUCCAAACAAGUCGAUUUGAGAAACCCGGCUCAUCGCGUUUGUUGCGACGUCAAUUUAGCCUGGAUCGUGAUGAUACACACUCGAAAUCGGAACAUCACCACCAUCAACAACAUCAUCAGUCUUCCUUACAAUCCAAUCACGCCAUGUCGUUGUCGAACAAGUCUUCAAUGCUCGAGAUUCCUAUACUACAUGAUACCUCAAGAAGUCCCAAGGGGACUAUAAAUCGAAUCCAUAAACAAAACUCAAAUUCCAUAGCGCAGGAUUUGGAGAAAAUCGAGGAGAUACCAUUAUCGCCGGCUUCGUCGCAGCAGCACAGUAGUUUAGAUAGCAACAUGAAUCGUAGUCCACCGUCCACAGUGGAUGCCCAAUCGCCACCGUCCACAUCGCCACCCACUUUAUUAUCAGCACCAACAUCACCGGCCCCUUCGAGAUCAUUGAAUGGUGGUCUGCCCCUGCGCGACAGUGUUAUCAUGGAAAGCCCCACCACAGAUGCCUCAUCAACGGCAACAACCACGGCUUCAGUUAACUCCAACACCACAGUUCCCAUGGAAGAUCAUAGCAAUAUAAAGAAACCUGAAAUUACUCUCAAUGUGGAGGCUCUACUGAGUAGGUAGGAUACGGUUUA